UAUUUCUGUACGACAAAGAGAUACGGUAAAUCGGGAGAGAGAGAACCAUGAUAAGUGUGUGAGCCUAGAUGUAUGUCACAUAGUAGGCCUAAUGGACUUAUUUGUAUAAAACACGAAUUUUAACCCCAAAUAUAAUAACGUUAGGAGCAAUCACUGAACACUUCAACGGAAUUAAACUCUGGGAGAACAUGGAGAAGAAACGGUGGGAUUGCUCGGCUCUCCCCAAGGGCUGGCAAAUUGAAGAAGUGACCAGAAAGUCGGGUUUGUCUGCGGGGAAAAGCGAUGUCUAUUAUUAUAGUCCAACCGGGAAGAAGUUUCGGAGCAAGCCUCAGCUGGCUCGUUACCUUGGCAACCAGAUGGACCUCAGCUCCUUCGACUUCCGCACGGGGAAGAUGCUCAUGAGUAAACUGAACAAGAACAGACAGAGACUCCGCUAUGACAACAACAAUCAGACCAAGGGCAAGCCAGACCUGAACACAUCACUUCCCGUCAGACAGACUGCUUCCAUCUUUAAGCAGCCUGUCACCAAGGUUACCAACCACCCCAGCAACAAAGUCAAGACUGAUCCACAGAAAGCUGUGGACCAGCCAAAACAGCUUUUCUGGGAGAAGAAGCUUGGUGGUCUCAAUGCAUUUGACAUCGCAGAGGAGCUAGUGAAGACAAUGGACCUGCCUAAAGGUCUGCAAGGAGUUGGACCUGGAUGUACAGACAAGACUCUACUGUCAGCGAUAGCCAGCGCCCUGCACACUAGUGCAGCCCCCAUCACCGGUCAGCUGUCUGCAGCCGUGGAGAAGAACCCAGGGGUGUGGCUCAACACGACUCAGCCCCUCUGCAAGGCUUUCAUAGUCACUGACGAGGACAUCAGGAAGCAGGAAGAGCUGGUGUACAGUGUGAGGAAGAAGCUGGAGGAGGCUCUAAUGGCGGACAUGUUGGCUCAUGUGCAGGAAGCAGCCAGUGAGGGCGACUCACUCAAUGAAGACAAUGAUGACAUGGAGACUGUAUAGCAGAGGGAGAUGGGGUGUUAUAGAGUAGUCUGGAUGGGUUUUUCAACUCCUUGUCAAAUGACAAUGAAACCAGGAACCCUGUACCAAUCCAACCAAAAGAACUGCCCACUUUCUGCCCAUCCCCUUCCACGUGCUACCCCUCUGAAGCUCUGCCUACCUACUGUCCACCUCGCCCACUGUUUAGCCUCUUCUGGCACCAGCCCCAUGAAAGUACUUGGACUCAGGAAUUCUGAAUCAAAUUGAUUAUUAGCUAAAUUAUCUUUCUUUUGAAAAAGAUAGCAUGAAAUAAAAUGUUGGCGGGGUAGAGUGAAAGAGAUUGGUUUCGUACAGUAUGAUGAAUUGUGUGUUCAAUGAUGUAGUAUUUUUGUUUUGUAAGACAUUUUAUGGAUUUACUGAAUGUGAGUUAUAUAUUGUGACGAUCAUGUCAACCCACCCCAAAACAUGUUUUAAAUUCAUUGGGAUAUUUUGAAUUAGAAGUGAAUUCUGUUUUUUUUCCAUGGGUUUUUCUUUCUGGGUGUCUAAUGCACUCCAUGGGGAUAGAUGGACCAUAUUUUAAAGGUACUUUGGCUUAUUUUACAGGGCUAUGUGAGAGGCUUUGGUGAGAGGGAACAAGAUACUUGCCUAAAUGAUGAUAAUGUGGCAGGUAGCCUAGGGGUUAAGGGCGUUGGGCCAGUAACCGAAAGGUCACUGAUUCAAAUCCCUGAGCCGGUGAAAAAACUUCCCAUGUGCCCUUGAGCAAGGCACUUAACCCAAGUUGCUCUGGAUAAGAGUGUCUGCUAAAUGACUAACAUGUAUAUUAUGCACUCUAAAUUCUAGCGCUUGUGUUAAUCACAGGAGAGAGUAUUAGUGAAAAAUCAUUGGAUCAUGUUCUCAAGAAAAUAUCAUUAUUGUUGUAAUGUAGUCCAUAUAAACCCCUUACCCAGUACUUAUGAGUCAGGCCAUACUGUUCUGAGUUAUAAUGGGUACAACAGUUAUGAGUCAGGCCAUACUGUUCUGAGUUAUAAUGGGUACAACAGUUAUGAGUCAGGCCAUACUGUACUGAGUUAUAAUGGGUACAACAGUUAUGAGUCAGGCCAUACUGUUCUGAGUUAUAAUGGGUACAACAGUUAUGAGUCAGGCCAUACUGUUCUGAGUUAUAAUGGGUACAACAGUUAUGAGUCAGGCCAUACUGUACUGAGUUAUAAUGGGUACAACAGUUAUGAGUCAGGCCAUACUGUACUGAGUUAUAAUGGGUACAACAGUUAUGAGUCAGGCCAUACUGUACUGAGUUAUAAUGGGUACAACAGUUAUGAGUCAGGCCAUACUGUACUGAGUUAUAAUGGGCACAACAGUUAUGAGUCAGGCCAUACUGUACUGAGUUAUAAUGGGUACAACAGUUAUGAGUCAGGCUAUACUGUACUGAGUUAUAAUGGGUACAACAGUUAUGAGUCAGGCCAUAAUGUACUGAGUUAUAAUGGGUACAACAGUUAUGAGUCAGGCCAAACUGUACUGAGUUAUAAUGGGUACAACAGUUAUGAGUCAGGCCAUACUGUACUGAGUUAUAAUGGGUACAACAGUUAUGAGUCAGGCCAUACUGUACUGAGUUAUAAUGGGUACAACAGUUAUGAGUCAGGCCAAACUGUACUGAGUUAUAAUGGGUACAACAGUUAUGAGUCAGGCCAUACUGUACUGAGUUAUAAUGGGUACAACAGUUAUGAGUCAGGCCAUACUGUACUGAGUUAUAAUGGGUACAACAGUUAUGAGUCAGGCCAAACUGUACUGAGUUAUAAUGGGUACAACAGUUAUGAGUCAGGCCAAACUGUACUGAGUUAUAAUGGGUACAACAGUUAUGAGUCAGGCCAUACUGUACUGAGUUAUAAUGGGCACAACAGUUAUGAGUCAGGCCAUACUGUACUGAGUUAUAAUGGGUACAACAGUUAUGAGUCAGGCCAUACUGUACUGAGUUAUAAUGGGUACAACAGUUAUGAGUCAGGCCAUACUGUACUGAGUUAUAAUGGGUACAACAGUUAUGAGUCAGGCCAUACUGUACUGAGUUAUAAUGGGUACAACAGUUAUGAGUCAGGCCAAACUGUACUGAGUUAUAAUGGGUACAACAGUUAUGAGUCAGGCCAUACUGUACUGAGUUAUAAUGGGCACAACAGUUAUGAGUCAGGCCAUACUGUACUGAGUUAUAAUGGGUACAACAGUUAUGAGUCAGGCCAUACUGUACUGAGUUAUAAUGGGUACAACAGUUAUGAGUCAGGCCAUACUGUACUGAGUUAUAAUGGGUACAACAGUUAUGAGUCAGGCCAUACUGUACUGAGUUAUAAUGGGUACAACAGUUAUGAGUCAGGCCAUACUGUACUGAGUUAUAAUGGGUACAACAGUUAUGAGUCAGGCCAAACUGUACUGAGUUAUAAUGGGUACAACAGUUAUGAGUCAGGCCAUACUGUACUGAGUUAUAAUGGGUACAACAGUUAUGAGUCAGGCCAUACUGUACUGAGUUAUAAUGGGUACAACAGUUAUGAGUCAGGCCAUACUGUACUGAGUUAUAAUGGGUACAACAGUUAUGAGUCAGGCCAUACUGUACUGAGUUAUAAUGGGUACAACAGUUAUGAGUUAGGCCAAACUGUACUGAGUUAUAAUGGGUACAACAGUUAUGAGUCAGGCCAAACUGUACUGAGUUAUAAUGGGUACAACAGUUAUGAGUCAGGCCAUACUGUACUGAGUUAUAAUGGGUACAACAGUUAUGAGUCAGGCCAUACUGUACUGAGUUAUAAUGGGUACAACAGUUAUGAGUCAGGCCAAACUGUACUGAGUUAUAAUGGGUACAACAGUUAUGAGUCAGGCCAAACUGUACUGAGUUAUAAUGGGUACAACAGUUAUGAGUCAGGCCAUACUGUACUGAGUUAUAAUGGGUACAACAGUUAUGAGUCAGGCCAUACUGUACUGAGUUAUAAUGGGUACAACAGUUAUGAGUCAGACCAUACUGUACUGAGUUAUAAUGGGUACAACAGUUAUGAGUCAGGCCAUACUGUACUGAGUUAUAAUGGGUACAACAGUUAUGAGUCAGGCCAUACUGUACUGAGUUAUAAUGGGUACAACAGUUAUGAGUCAGGCCAAACUGUACUGAGUUAUAAUGGGUACAACAGUUAUGAGUCAGGCCAUACUGUACUGAGUUAUAAUGGGUACAACAGUUAUGAGUCAGGCCAUACUGUACUGAGUUAUAAUGGGUACAACAGUUAUGAGUCAGGCCAAACUGUACUGAGUUAUAAUGGGUACAACAGUUAUGAGUCAGGCCAAACUGUACUGAGUUAUAAUGGGUACAACAGUUAUGAGUCAGGCCAAACUGUACUGAGUUAUAAUGGGUACAACAGUUAUGAGUCAGGCCAUACUGUACUGAGUUAUAAUGGGUACAACAGUUAUGAGUCAGGCCAUACUGUACUGAGUUAUAAUGGGUACAACAGUUAUGAGUCAGGCCAUACUGUACUGAGUUAUAAUGGGUACAACAGUUAUGAGUCAGGCCAUACUGUACUGAGUUAUAAUGGGUACAACAGUUAUGAGUCAGGCCAUACUGUACUGAGUUAUAAUGGGUACAACAGUUAUGAGUCAGGCCAAACUGUACUGAGUUAUAAUGGGUACAACAGUUAUGAGUCAGGCCAAACUGUACUGAGUUAUAAUGGGUACAACAGUUAUGAGUCAGGCCAUACUGUACUGAGUUAUAAUGGGUACAACAGUUAUGAGUCAGGCCAUACUGUACUGAGUUAUAAUGGGUACAACAGUUAUGAGUCAGGCCAUACUGUACUGAGUUAUAAUGGGUACAACAGUUAUGAGUCAGGCCAUACUGUACUGAGUUAUAAUGGGUACAACAGUUAUGAGUCAGGCCAAACUGUACUGAGUUAUAAUGGGUACAACAGUUAUGAGUCAGGCCAAACUGUACUGAGUUAUAAUGGGUACAACAGUUAUGAGUCAGGCCAUACUGUACUGAGUUAUAAUGGGUACAACAGUUAUGAGUCAGGCCAAACUGUACUGAGUUACAAUGGGUACAACAGUUAUGAGUCAGGCCAUACUGUACUGAGUUACAAUGGGUACAACAGUUAUGAGUCAGGCCAAACUGUACUGAGUUACAAUGGGUACAACAGUUAUGAGUCAGGCCAUACUGUACUGAGUUAUAAUGGGUACAACAGUUAUGAGUCAGGCCAUACUGUACUGAGUUAUAAUGGGUACAACAGUUAUGUAGAAUGGACCCUCUGUCACAUGGAUCCUCUGCUACAUGUUGUAGAUUGUAUUACUUGUAACACUCCCUGUAUAGGUGCUCACUGAAGUUGUUGGUUUAAUGUUGGUGUUUCUAGCCAAUGCACAUUUUUCCCAUGGCCAUGACUUCAGUCAACAUAUUUUUAAAAUGUUUCCAAUAAUGUGUCAAUGCCACCACAACACAUGCUGCCUCCUUGUUGUCUUGUUCACUGGGUGCCAGACAGUAAGCUAAGAUUUGUUUUGUUUGAAUAAAGGUGAAGAUUCUCAGUGUUGAGAAAAAUGAAAUGAGCUUUGAAGAUUUACCUACAUUUCUCGAAGUUUGAUGUAUGUAUGAAAUGUCAAGCUCAAUGCGAUCCCUAUCCCACAUCAGCAGGCUGACUGCUGAACUGAAUUGGAUUGUGUUACUGAAUAAAAUGUAUCUGUAUUUCAACAGUA